AUGUACCGCUCCACGAAAGGCGCUUCGAAAGCGCGGAGAGAUCAGAUCAACGCCGAGAUCCGCAACCUCAAGGACCUGCUGCCCAUCUCGGACGCAGACAAGGCUCGCCUUUCCUACCUGCACAUCAUGUCCCUCGCCUGCAUGUACACAAGAAAAUCUGUCUUUUUUUCUCAAGAUUUAAGCGCAGCUGGAAGCCAGGAUGUGAACCCCAGCUUCAUGUCUUUUCCUGCACUCUCUGAGCUCAUGAACAGCUUACCGGGUUUUCUGCUUUUGCUGACAAAUGAAGGCAAACUCCUCUAUUUGUCUGACAACGUAACUGAUCACCUUGGCCACUCAAUGGUUGAUCUAGUCUCUCAAAGUGACAGUGUCUAUGAUAUCAUUGAUCCUGCCGAUCACUUUGUCAUGAGGAGCAAUCUUGCCCCAGUCAAUACACCUGAUACAGAGCGCCUCUUUCGCUGUCGCUUCAACACUUCAAAGUUUGUGAGAAGGCAGGGCACUGGUAACAAGGUGUCUCUAGUACGAGCACGCUGCCUCCCAUUGCCCUACCACUCAUCAUCUUACUGGACCUCCAACACAGUGUGGGUGUGUUUCUGCUCACCUCUGGAGCUCCAGGCAUCAAAUACUGCCAGUACCAGGAAUCCACUCCCUACCCCACCAGCUGAGCAAGCUUUCCAGCUAACCUCUUUCCACUCCCAGCAUAGCCGUGAUAUGAGGAUACAGGCAGCCCAAGAAUGCGUUAGUGUCUAUUUGGGCUAUGAUGUGGAGACACUACGAUCUCGCUCCUGGUACAGCUUGUUACAUCCCCGAGAUCUUUCUCAUGCCUCUGCACAGCACUGCGCCCUCUUACGUGAAGGAGGGGAGAGGCAAGUGGAGAUGGUUGUUCAAAUAGAGGCAGCUGACCAUUCAUGGGUCUGGGUAUACAUGGUUCUUCAGCUUCAGACUGGAGAGCAUCCUAUUACCUGCCAGAACUAUGUCAUCAGUGAGUCUGAAGCAUGGUCUGUUCGUCAGCAGCUGACCUCUGAGCAAAACCAGCUGGCUCUCCUGUACCAGGAGGGCUUGGCUCAACAGUUCUCUCAUCCCAUGUCUAGCCCAGAGCAAGUCUUUACUCCCAGCAGCAGUGGCUUGUCUGCUCAGUCAUUUGACUUUAGCUUUACUGUCUCUGGACGCAGCUCCUCUGAGGAACUGCCUGGUACUUCCACCCUUCAUUCAGGCAUGUCACUAGGCUCUGGUCUCCCUGACUUCCCCCUAGAUGAAAGUGAUUUUUCCCAACAACAUGAAAGCCACCACAUAGGCUUACCAGAGAGCACAAAGUUUUCCACAAGACCAUCCCCCACUCCCCAUUCCACUCAGACAGUCAUGACCAAUAAGGCAUGCCCAGCUACCCAAAACCCUCUGCCCCCUGCACCUCUUUCCAAUAUUGGUAUGCCCAAACCAUACAGCACAGGAGAGUUGCUUUGCACUCCUCCAUACACCCCAAGCCUCGGAGGAGGUCGUUUUAUGUUUGGUGAAGAUUUUUUUAAACCAGCAUUAACCAGCACAGUCACUCAAACCAUGCACUCAAUCAGUCACCCAACAUCCCACUCAACAGAAAUAGGGGUGACACUAUCUGUACAACAUAGCAGCAGGGCUCUAUAUGAAAAGUUACCUCCCACCCCAGAUAGUCCAUCUAGUGAUGAAUGUGUUCUUAUGGCAUUACCAGAGAUCAGAGGGCCUCUGUACGUAGAUGUCCCUCAUCCCAUCCCUCAUGGUACUCCCGAGUGCCUCCUGACCCCGGAGGCUUCUCCCACUGAACAGCGCUGUCCAGGUUUUUUCUCCCAGCAAGCUAAAGAUGAAAGAGAGAAAAUAGAGAUCUCACUUUUGGCUCAGUAUCUCAGUUCAGUUGCUGAGGGAUUCUGGAAAGAUCACUCACCAUCCACACGUCCCUCCUCCCCAGUUUUCCUGCAACAGAACACUAAGGCUCUGACCACUGAUUUCCCACCCACCUUGUGCUGUGGAGAAGUUCGCUCAACAGAUCAAGAUGACAUCUUUUUACCGCAAGACGAAUUUGAUACCCCUGACCCAGCUUCUUAUUUGACUUCCCCUUCCCCACCUCCUCUUCCUCACACCUCAUCUGAGCAUACUCCUCCUGCCCCAGUGAGGACUUGCUCUCCGGGAUACAUCCAGAAGGAGGCCCUAGUUGGUGUGCAGCACCUCUGUAGCGUCCAGUCGACGCACUAUACCAGUACGGUUGGGGGAAGGUCACUGGAGGCAGGGGUGCAUGAUGAGGUAAAGGAUCCAAAUGAGAGCAAAAUGGAUGAAGAUAUAUUCACCUCAGCUUCCCCACAGUCCACCCCUGCUCCAGCAAAUGACCCCACCCCUGGUCUACCUUGUGCCCAGUCCCUCCUGGAGGAGCUGGUUAACAUGGAACCCAUGUUCGAGGCAGCUGUCUCGAUUAAUCCUGCCUUGAGGCAACAACCUGAGUUGUAUCAACUCCCUUUUCAAGAGUCACCACAGCACUUCUAUCAAGAUGGAACCAGUGAUCACAUGUUCUAAAAUAAGUCUGUGACUUAAUUGAUAAAGUAUGACAU